AUGGGGCUUUUCCUCUCCAGGCAGUUCAUGCCUGUCCACAUCAGUGAGUUCACGCUCCCCACGGACGAUGGCGCCCCGGGAGCCUUCGCGUACCGCAAAGUAGCUGCGAGCGAAUCUGUGAGCCAGGCCCGUGACCACGAGGAGGACGAGGAGGCGGCGCGCUUUGCAGAGGCAAUCAAGUCAGAGUGCAGCUGCACUUGGAAGGAUGUGCGAAACUUUGCAUCAUUCGUCGCAUGCGUCCUUCUCUCUGUCUCCCUACUUAUGGUCGUGGGAAAGUUCAUUCACGACGGCACCGACAUCCACGAGUCCCGCACUGCGGAGGGCGUCCGGCACUCCGGCUCCGCAGUGCGGGCGGCGCACCUCGUGGUGCACCCGGAGAUCCAAGGCGCUGUGGCGCUCGCGUCGACUUUAGCCGUGAAGAAAAUCGCUCUCGUCAUGUUCUACACGCCUUGGUGCCAGCAUUCCCACGCGCUCCUGUCUGAGUGGGCGGCGGCGCGCCACAACAUCAUGCACAGCGGCCUGGCCCCUGGCCACGCCGAUGCGCUGAUGGUCAAGGUUGACUGCUCGAGUUUUGCCGACCUGUGUGAGUUUGUGGGCAUAAAGGGCUACCCGACCGUGCUUGUGUACACAGACGAGACGGGCUACCUGAGCAAGUAUGUUGGAGCUCGCACGAGGCUGGGCUUCCAGGCAUUCAUUGCCGACAAUGUGCCCAAGGCCAACGCACGCGCCAACGUUGCCGGCUACGAUGAGAGCUACGACGAGCCAUGCCAAGAGGAGGCCGGACGUGUCGCUUCUUCGCCGCCUGAAAAGGCGCGCCCGCCGCGUGGUCGACUCGCCGGCCGUGGCUGA